GCGGGAUGCUGGAUGGUUCUGGUUGGGUCGGGUCUCCGUGACGCCGCGCAGCAUGCGGGACAAAAAGAGCUGGACUGCGGGGUUCGGCCCCGCGGGACGCCGCAAGCCGGCCACCUACACCGGGGACAAGAAGGCGCAGCUGCUGGCCAGAGCCAACAGGAAGUGGGUGCGGCUCGCCACGGUGGGCGGCUACGUGCUGGCCGUGUCUCUGGCCGCGGGCAUCCUGGCUGUUUACUACGGCUUCUUCUGGAGACCCACGCCCGGUUCCGGACCGUCGGGUCCGGGCAGCAACUGGACCAGGAGCGGAACCAGAGAUUCUAAAGCCGGGAAGAAAUGCGGCGCAGAAAACUGCAGUAAUUGUUUUCCUGCAGAUAAUAAAGACUUUCUGAACUUUACUGGCAGAAAACAGGAAAAUAUUAAACCUGACAGAACUUCGGUCCACUUCUCCUCCAGCGGAACCUCUGAGGUUCCUCUGGCCGCGCAGGGCGCCUCCCCUCCGGGCGUGACUCCCACCGAGCCCGCGGCUGCGACCGCGGAGGAUCCGUCCAAUCUGCCGACCCACCGCAGCGCGGCGGGCCGCGGGCCGAGCGGCGGCCGGCGGCCAGAGGACUUCUCCGGGUCCGGGGACUGAGAGACCCAGAGACCCGGAGACCCGGAGACCCAGAGACCCAGAGACCCGGAGACCCGGAGACCCAGAGACCCGGAGACCCGGAGACCCAGAGACCCGGACCCCGGGUCUCUUCUCACCUAAUGCAGGAACAUUCUCAUUAUUUAGAAUGAGAUGAUCUGCUUUAAAUUAGGUUUUAAAAGUAAAAAAAGACAUAAAUUAUGAAAACUGAAAUAAACAAGAAACAGAAUAUAUUUACGUUCCUGUUUGCUGCAGAUUUUGACAUAUUUGUUGGAAUAAAAAGAUCAGAUUUUAUUUUUUACUUUUUGGCUGCAAAAUUUAUUCUGAUGAAGCUUUAUUUUCUCAAAGGCAUACAAAUGUAUUAAAAUUAUGUUUAUUGUGGUAUUUUUAUGAUACAGAAAAUGAAGAAAAAGCUCAGAAAUUUAAAUACGUUUGUAUUUAAUGUGUAUUUAAGUCAAACUGGGUUAAAAUAAAAUCUCAAACUAAUAAAAAUGAUCAAAUAAAAACCUGAUGGAAGUUUGUCAUUUAUUUGAAUGUGAUUAAUGUUUAUAAUCUCUUCUAAUCCAGUUUGGUAAUAAUUCAUC